AGGAAGAGUGUGGGGGAAACCCCCACAAAACCAAAAAACCAGCCUCCUGUCUGAUCGGACUCGUGGAAAAAGCUUCCCUUUGCCUUCAGCGAAGAUCCGGCCGGCGAGUACAUCUGCAAGACAUCAGCACCCUCCCACCGCCUCCCUCACUCCUGAGACUCACCAGGAGCGCGGCGCGGGGGGAAGCGCCUUGCCUUGAAGAUGUUUUAAAGCCGGGACCAGCCGGUGCCUCCGCGCCCGCCCGGGGACUGCGCCGCUUCCCCCGCGAGCCGCGCUCGCAGUCCGCCCCCGGCCGCGCCCGCCCCGCCCCGCGCCGCGCCGCGCCGCGCUCCCGCCCCCCGCUCUGCUUAUGGCCCUUUUCGCCGGGUGCCCCCCUUUUUUCCCCCUUCCGUGAGACCUGGAAGCGGCUGGGCAGAGAGCGGCUCUGGAUUAUCGCUCGGGCCCCUGCUGCCCCGGCAGUGCUGCUGCUCGGGGGGGAGGGAGUCCCUUCCCUCCGUCCUCCUCCUCUUCCUCCUCCUCCUCCUCCCCGGCGCUCUCCCGCUCCUCUCCUGCCUGCACUUUCCCUUUAAGGCUUGGGGGGAAACCAUGACUUCCAGCUAUGCCCAUGUCCUGGAGAGACAGGCCGUGCUGGCCACCCGCUUGGAGAGCCCCGGCCACCUGGACAAUUUACAGGCCAAAAAGAACUUCUCGGUCAGUCACCUGCUGGAUCUGGAGGAAGCCGGGGACAUGGUGGCGGCUCAGGCCGACGAGGGCGUGGGGGAAUCGAGCAGGAGCUUGCUGGAGUCCCCGGGGCUGACCAGCGGCAGCGACACGCCGCAGGCGGACAAUGAUCAAUUGAACUCAGAAGAGAAGAAGAAAAGAAAGCAGAGGAGAAACAGGACCACCUUCAAUAGCAGCCAACUUCAGGCAUUAGAAAGAGUCUUUGAGAGGACACACUACCCCGAUGCCUUUGUACGAGAAGACCUUGCACGCAGAGUCAACCUCACUGAAGCCAGAGUUCAGGUAUGGUUUCAGAACCGAAGAGCAAAGUUCCGCAGGAAUGAGAGAGCCAUGCUGGCCAACAAGAAUGCUUCCCUUCUCAAAACCUACUCGGGGGACUUGACUGCUGUGGAGCAGCCCAUCGUACCGCGUCCAUCUCCAAGACCCACCGACUAUCUCUCCUGGGGGACAGCCUCACCUUACAGUGCUAUGGCUACCUAUUCCGCCACAUGUACCAAUACUAGCCCAGCACAGGGCAUGAACAUGGCCAACAGUAUUGCCAACCUGAGACUGAAGGCAAAGGAAUAUAGUUUACAGAGGAAUCAGGUGCCAACAGUCAAUUAAAGACUGCUACUAAGUCUUAAAGAAAGGAAAAAUAAAAUGACACCUGUCCUGCUUAGCAACUUGUUCAGAAAGAGAGGGCGAAAUACACACGCACACACACACACACGCACGCGCGCGCGUGCGCGCGCACACACACACACAGAAUAUUGGGACAGAAACAGGAGCAAAAUGAGCUGCAAAUUAGUUACAAUGUUCUUUCUUCCUUUCUGGAUAAUGCCAUCAAUUCUUAUCAGGUUUAUAGCUUCUGCUCAAUAUACUAUGAGCUUCUUCGGUUAAGGAGAAUCCCAUUCUUGGUUUUUUUGUGUUUUGGACAAGACUGCAAAACGAAAUCCUAUCAGUUCAGCCCUUGAACUCUAGACUGUCCUGAGGUUCAGUGCUUGCCCCUUCACUUCCUAUGCCCCAGGUCACCCUAGAAGAGGGAAUUCAGAAGCCAAAGCCUCUCCAGCAUAUCCACAAGACCCAGAUAUCUGGACCACGAGUGGACUGCAGCUGAAGAGCCAUUAUCAUUUAGCCUCUGAGAAGCCUUUGUGUGCAAAGCUGUGGGUCCCUCUGUCUCAGUGGCCUGGAACAUUGGGUUUAUUUCCAGUCUCCUUGGGUUUUGAAACUAGUUGUUGCUUUCUGAUUAGUUUUGGCACCACCUCUUUGAAAAACCAAAGAAGAGAAAACCUUCCUUAAGGCAGAGUGUAUGUGUAUAGAGGGGAAGAUCAUUGUAGGUCCAAGAAUAGGACUUUCACUUUUUCUCCCCAUGCCUUCUGAUUUUUUGCCACAGGUAAAGGUGUUGUCCAAAUGCAUUUGUUUUAUAUAUACUGUAUAUAUUUUUAUAUAUAAGAUAUACAUGCAAGCUUGGUUGGUGUUUUUUUUAUUAUUAAACAAAAUAAAAUGCAUUGGAAGUAUUCGGGAUGUUUGUGCUGCAUCCAGGUGCCUGUAGAGACUGAUCUAUACCAAGUGCCAAAUUCACCCACAUGACUUCUAUUUAUGGGCAUACCCUACCCUAUAUCACGCAGAGAGAACUUUUCAUUCUGCAGGGUGCCAAAGCACUUUACAGUCUGUGAGCCAGUCUUAACUCAGGCAAAACUCACUGCUCAGGCAAACUUAGGCUUCCAUUGGACCAAAUCCUGAAGGCUGUAUUCAGGGCUGCAUCACUUUUUCCUGUGAUAGGACUUGCCAGAAGAGAUCCUUGGAGAAAAACAAUAGGGAACCUCAUUUCAUAUCUCCCCCUGUUAGGAAUAAGGUUUAAGUCAAGGGUGUGGCCCUGCAACCAGGUGGAUAUCAGGAGAGUCAUAAGAGACACAGGUUCACUUGCAUGAAAGCUCUGUGCCAGCCAACAGACUCUCCUAUGGAGGCUUUGCCUAAUACAGAGGGCUUCCACAUAAAGAUAAUGUGGCCUGGAGCAGCAUCACAUUUUGUCCUUGACACCCCCUCUCCCAAUAAGGCUCAAAUACGUAUGAUUUACUACUUCUUCCAGGCAGAGCCAGUCCUUAGGCACAGGCGACUGGUAGGGGGUACACAGGGGUGCAUGUGCCCCCCCAAUGGCUGAUACUGUUGGUAGGGCUGGUGCCCCCCUGACAGGGCUGCCACUGUCAGUGGCUUCUGUGGGUACCCCCCCCCCCCCAGAUUCAGGAGGCACCAGUCACUCAUGUCCUUAGGGAUGAACAAUCAGGGCAGUUGCCCAGGACUUUUUAAGUGUGGGAAGGAGAAGAGGAGGGGCCAGAUCUUAACCUCUGCCUGGGAUUUCCAUGAGUGUCAGCCUGGCUCAGCCAGCUCAGCCCUGGCUAGUUUUGUCCCUGUUCCACCCCUGCCCAAUAUGGGUGUGAAGUAUUCUGAGAAUAGACAUCAAUGUCCUAAAACAAUAUAUUACAGGAGGUGAGAAAUAGAUCCAUGCUCCAUUUAAAAUUAAGUGGAGCAUUAGAUAGGUAAAAUAUAAAUUAAAAUUUAGCCAGAGUAUAAGGGUAAAUGCUUGAAAAAGCACAGGUCCACUUACACAACUGGCAGAAAGUGUUAGAGCCCCAAUGACCAUAAUGAGACAUGAGUGGGGAAAAGAUUUCUCAUUUCUUGACACUUUUUUAAGGUAUCAAAAACAAAACAUUCCUACAAAAAAAAAUCCCCUCUUGAAUCUGAACCAAUAGAACUCACAAAAACUGCAAACUGAAAACCAGAACACUUUCAGUUCUAGUCAGUUAGACUUUCAUUUCAGUAAUUUUGAAUGAUUUCUUUUUAAUUUAACCUUUUUUGACCUUAUUUUCUUUUUUGAACCUUUUGUUAGUGUGAAUUUAAAAAAAAAUUCUAAAUGAAAAGUACUUUUGACUCAAAAGACCCCCAAAUUUUCCUGUUUAAGAAUAUUGAAACAGGACACUGAUCAUUUUGAAACUCUUUUCCCCUAAAAAAAAAACAACAAGUUGAGAGAUUCAUUAAAAUCAAUCUUGUCGUGUAAACAGAUUUGUUGACAAAUCUAUAUAUUUCAGUAAAAUAGCUUCAUUGAAGAAUUCCAGACCAGCUCAACUGCAAAGCUGCACUAACUUCCGUGUUGCUGACCAGCAGGCCUUAAAAGUACUCAGGAUUUUGUUUUGUGUUUCAUCUAACAGAUAACACCAUGGUGCCUUUUGGAAGCAUGCAAGUUGAUCAGUUCUAUAUCUAUUCCAGGGCAGGUGCCCAUCCUUACAGUCCAGCCCAUGUACAAGUUCAUUGCCCUGGAAGAGAGAACUUCACCUCUGAACUUCAGUGGAAUUUACCCUGUAAAACAGAGUUGAUUUUUUUUUAAACCAACUGGCCUUUAGAUUCUCUUUGGUGGCCUUCAUCCUCUAUUUUUCUAUCUAUCACUGCUUUGCUAAUGAAAUUUGCCUGGCCAGACUUUCACACAUAGCUAGAGAUGUCCAAAGAAGUUUCAUGCAUCAAGUGUUGAUGUUAGAACAUGGCUGCUAUGAUCAUGUCUGCCUUAGUGGUUUCCUCAGAUUUCCCACCACUGCACCAAUUUUCUUGUUCUUAAAGCCACAGCUCCUGGUUUCAGCUUUCACUAAAAAAGAAAUCUUAAGUUUCUGGCUAUUAUGGUUAAGAAGAAAAGUUGAAAAUUUGACCCAUGCAUAACCUAAACACUCAACAUCCAGAAGGCAAAAACAACCAACCAAAAAGCAUCAGAACCCAACAUUUAUUAAUUUUUUCAACUCAAUCUCAUGUUUGGUGUAGGGAGGAACUUUGGAUUUUCAAAGGCGUGAAGCCUGCACUAUUUUUAUUCUACCAUACGCGCCGUUCUGCAGGUGGUAGCAAUGUUGGCAACCAUAUGUGUCUCAAUCACUGUGUGGAUAGACCACAGAGCAGGGGGAGGCAGCACAGUGAUUACAAUAACAAUGACCCGUCUGUACCAACUCCCUUGCCAUGGUUAUCAGCAGGGGCUGGUAGCAUGGCAGAGGAAAAAAUUAAAGAAAAGUGUUAGAAGUAUACCUUUCCAAUAGGACUUAGGUGCAUACAGGGAGAAGGAAUUUUUUUAGUGAUCCACUUCCAAUCAGAAGUUGACAUGGAAGAUCUUAAGGGGAAUACUAGUGAGUUUUAGAAUGAAAUUGUGGAUGCUGGAAAGCAUUUUAUGUUAUCUUCAAUUUUCUUAGACACUUUGUGUUGUUUACUGGGGCACUGGAAGUCCAGACUCCUGGAUUUUGUCCUUGUAGCUGCCGCUGAAUCACUGGGUGGCCUGGGUAAAGGGAUUGCACCUUUCCAUGCUUCACUCUCCUAGUCUGGCAUAUUGAGAUAUUCAGAUGGAAGUCAAAAACAUUAUGCAACACUGUGAACAGUUACAAGAUACUCUUGCCCAGUAGGGAGAAACUGUUUCCUUUGGAAAACUGGGUUUCUCUGUUGGGGAAAGGGCCAUGAUAUAUCUUCGCAGGACUCUUCAGAUCACUGUGUUCAGUGAGUGCCAAUCAUGAUAGCAUACCUGUAGGAAAAGGCCCUCAGGCUCUAAUUUCCUUUCUUUCUGUUUUUUUACAUCCAAACAUGGCACCUCCUCCCCACCUUUAUCUUGCACCAACUAGAGCAAUAGGGAAAAUCACACACCUGAAUUGGAAUCAAAAGCUGCAACUCAGUUGGUGUAGACUGACCUAAUGUUGUAAGUGAAGUUUUGGAGGACUCAUACCACCUGCAGAUCAGGCCCAAAGUUCUUGACCAGUUCACACAUUUUUUAUAAUCCCUUUUCUCUCCCUCAGUUUUUGAAACCAAAACAUUUUUUUGCAAGCAGCCAUUGCUUUCAAUUUAACCAAGGUGGUUUUGGGGUUUCUAAGCAAAGGAACCAUUUCUUAUGCUAGCAAGAAAAACAUCUCAGAGACAGUGAAAUUAAAAUGUUUAGUACAAAUGACGUCCAUCUUGUAUUCCUUGAGUUAUAAUGACUAUAAAAAUAAGGAUUGCAUAUAAAUGCCAGAACUUAAGUAAGGCCGUGAUCCUGCCAAUACUUAUGCACAUGCCUAACUUUACUCCUGUGAAGCUUCACGUUGGCUGUAAUGAGACAACUCAGUGAAUAAACUUGUGCAGGUGAGUCAAUGGUUGUAGCAUUUUCACCAUGGACAAUCUCUCUAGGUUCUGUCUUGUUAUUUGGAUUGGGAUAUUCUAUUUCAAUGGCAUGCCAAUGGUGAAAUAAAUUCCAGUAUGUCUGAGUAGAGGGUAGUCCAGUCAGAUGCAGCCUACAGAUUCUAAAAAUACACCCCAAAUGCUUGCUGCCUUUUCUAAAUAUAAUCAGGGGUCAAUGCUGAACAAUUCCAGGUUUUUUUUCCUUUCUGAUUACUUCAACCAACAAGGCAAUUUCUAUUAAUCUAUCAAGCAAAAGUAAAGUAUUAUGAUCACAUAUGUUUACUCUCUAAGUUAUAAAACUGUAUAAAUAUGUAUGCAAAUUAGAAGCUCAGUCUUGAAAGCAUGAAACUAUUCAUGGCUUUAAUCAUACCUUCCAGGUGCAGUGAGUGGGCUUCUAGGAACUUACAAAGGUAAUUCAUGGCAUCACAAAGUUUGGGCACCCUUAAGGUAGAAAAUGUUCAUGAGGCAUGUCUCCCCUCUUACAAGCCUGCACAUGUUCUGGUGAUUAACCUCCACCCCUGCUCUAUCCAGAAGCAAGGGGGGUGGUAAAAUAUAUGGAAUUUUAAGUGGGAGAAAAACAUUAAAGUAUGAUGCCGAUGAUGCUGGAAUUGAUGCAAAAAUGCCACUGAAAGGUUGCAAAAAUCUCAUGGAAAUGUAUUCUGUAAAUUAUAUCUUGCUUUAUGAUGUAAAAUAUACAGUGUUUGCACUAGAAUAGAAACAAUCAUUUUCAAUAAAAGGAAAAAAGAAGCCAUCUCCAUAAGUUGUCA